AUGAAGAAUGCUGUUCGUGUUGGCAUUUCCUUUUUACUCAGGAGCGGAAUUGCAACUGUUUCCCCUGCCCAUAUGCAGAAGGCAGAGCUUGCCAAUGUUGUCACUGCUCAUGUUCAGAGAACCCAAAUUGUCGUUGGUGCUGCUGCUCCUGUUCAAAUGACCCAGACUGCAAGUGCUGUUGCUGUGCCACUGAUGAGAACACCAGCUGUCAGUAUUAUGAGAGCAGAUGCUGCAGGAAUACCAUCUACGCAUCAUACCUUCCCAGAGCCACAAGGAGACGUCAUUGCCUUGACAAGCUUUGGAAAUAAAAGUAACACAUCAAUCAUUACUCUGGAGAGGGAUGCAUCAGGACAUGCUUUUCGUGACCAACUCAUUUGUCCAUUGUGUAAACAACUGUAUCUCUACCCAUUUAUGCUGCCAUGCAACCACUGCAUUUGUGAGAAAUGCAUAAGUAAAAGCAAAGCCCAGGCUGAAGUAACUGAAACUUUCUUCAUCAUCGUAUGCCCAGUGUGUGUCAAAGCACACUGCCUCCCCUACACUAAUAAAACUCAGUUGAGGAUGAAUUACCUGAGAGCCAAACUGGCUAGGAGAUACAUGCGCAGACAUGGCUUUCUGAGGUGGAGAUUUGACAGAACCCAAGCACCAAUCUAUUGUCAAGUUUGCAAAGAGAAGACAAAGAAGGCAUCCAAGAGAUGUCUCACAUGCCGGCUGAAUUUUUGUAACGAGUGUCUAAGGUUAUAUCACAGCGAGAUCACUACUCAAGACCACAUAUUUACCAAAGCCUAUCGAGAAGAUCAAGGAGAAUGCUGUUGUUUACUCCAUCCCAACUCAAACCUUUCUAAAUACUGUCUAGAUGACCAUGAGCUAAUUUGUGAGUUCUGCAGUGACUCACUGCACAACGAUCAUGAGACGCUACCCUUGCCGGUGGCAUGUUCAAAUGAGGCUGCUUCACUCUUCAGUGCUAUUGCCAAGUUUAAAAAAGUCCGAUAUGGGGUUGAUAAUGACCUAAUGGAAAUCCUUUUGCUAAAGAACAAUUUUAAGACCUACAAAGAAACUAAAAGGAAGGAGAUCAGAAAUGGAUUCCUCAAAUUACGGAACAUUCUCCGUGAACAAGAGAAGGAGAUGAUGGAAUUGCUUGAGAACAUUGAACUUAAAAAAGAGCAGGGAAUUAUAGAGUAUGUGUCACACACAUCCAUAAAAAUCUCUCAAAUGGAUAGCCUUAUUCAAUAUUCUAAGGAGGCUUUGAAGGAGGAAAACCAGAUUGCAUUUCUGCAGUCUGCAAACUUUUUGGUAAAUGAAAUAGAAGAUGCAAUUACUAAUAUUUAUCAGCCCAGUGCACGACUCAGGGAAGACCCUAUUCAGAACCUUAAACUCAACUUUGAAGAGCUUUCAGCCAACUUGCAUGACCUUUUCCAAUCACCUGUUAGAAUGAAGCAAUCAGCUGAUAAAGCAAACAAAGCUCCUUAUCCCUGUAAUUCAGACAUAAUGGUUCCAAGGAAAAUGUCCAGUACCCAUGCAGAAAAACAUCCAACUGUGCUCCGAAGUCCAUCUUUAUCAACCUUAAAUUCACAGUAUGAAUCGAGUGUUAUGAGGCAAGAAAUGUGUGGAAGACCAAAUUCCACACCUCCCCCUCAUCGUAAAGAGCAUAAUGAAAUCUUUGCAUUUUGGGAUGCAUCUACUCAAGUUCCAAGAAAAGAAAGAAACCAUCAAAGUUACAGUAUCAGUCACAAUCCAGAACCAUUUGACAAUGGAUCAUCUAUGGUUCCAGGCCUAGUUGUCAUCUACCAGACUCUUGUAUAUCCAAGGGCGGCAAAAAUUUACUGGACAUGUCCCACAGAAGACGUGGAUUUCUUUGAUGUAGAGUUCUAUGAAGUUGUUUCUGUUAGUCCUGAUAACAUUGUCCAGACACAAUUAGCUGGAGAAUUGCAUGGGAUAAAGCAUCAGAACCUUGAGAUACAUAAUCUGGAUCCCAACACAGAAUAUCUCUUUAAAGUUCGUGCCAUCAAUAUAAAUGGUCCAGGUCAAUGGAGUGACAUUUGUAAGGUAGUUACUCCGGAUGGGCAUGGGAAAGCCAGAGGCAGAUGGGGCUUGCUGCGGAGUAUUCAGUCUGCUUUCUAUAAAUAG